AUGCUUGUCACCAAAGGUUCCCUGGUGGCUGCCAUCUGGGCAAUGCUCCAUCCCAAGACUCUGUUGCUGGCUGCUUUCACUUUCUUGUUGCUGAUCAACUACCUAAAAACCAGGCGCCCCAAGAACUGCCCUCCAGGGCCCUGGCGCCUGCCCUUUGUGGGAAACUUGUUCCAGCUGGAUUUGGAGCAGUUGCAUCUGGUGAUUCAGCAGUUUGUGAAGAAGUAUGGAAACCUCAUUAGCCUGGAUUAUGGUAACAUCCCUUCAGUGGUCAUAACUGGACUGCCCUUGAUCAAAGAAGCUUUCACUCACAUGGAACAAAAUUUUUUGAAACGCCCCAUUACACCAAUCAGAGAACGUGUCUUUAGUAACAAUGGAUUGAUCAUGUCCUAUGGCCAGACAUGGAAGGAGCAAAGAAGGUUUGCACUAAUCACAUUGAGGAACUUUGGACUGGGGAGGAAGAGCUUAGAGGAGUGCAUACAGGAAGAGGCCUUCCACCUAACAAAUGCCAUAGGAGAGGAGGAAGGACAGCCUUUUGAUCCUCACUUCAAGAUAACCAAUGCAGUUUCCAAUAUCAUUUGCUCCAUCACCUUCGGGGAACGUUUUGGAUAUGAAGAUGGUCAGUUUCAGGAGCUUCUGAGGUUAUUAGAUGAAGCCACAUGUUUGGAGACAUCAAUGAUGUGUCUGCUCUACAAUGUCUUCCCAUCCAUAUUUAAAUAUCUUCCUGGAUCACAUCAAACAGUUUUCAGAAACUGGGAAAAACUGAAACUGUUUGUUUCCCGAAUGAUGGACAGUCACCGGAAAGAUUGGAAUCCUGUUGAGCCUAGAGACUUCAUUGAUGCUUACCUUACAGAAAUGACAAAGCACCCAGACAAGACUACUACAAGUUUCAAUGAAGAAAACCUCAUCUGCAGCACUCUGGACCUCUUCUUUGCUGGAACAGAGACAACAUCCACCACACUGCGCUGGGCUCUUCUCUGUAUGGCCCUCUACCCAGAAGUCCAAGAAAAAGUACAGGCUGAGAUUGACAGAGUGAUUGGCCUUAGGAGGCAGCCAAGCACAGCUGACAGAGAGUCCAUGCCCUACACUAAUGCUGUCAUUCAUGAGGUGCAGAGAAUAGGUAAUAUCAUCCCCUUGAAUGUUCCCAGGGAAGUAACAACUGACAGCACACUUGCCGGAUUCCACCUGCCUAAGGGAACCAUGGUCCUGACCAAUUUGACUGCUCUGCACAGGGACCCCAAAGAGUGGGCCACUCCAGAUGUCUUCAAUCCAGAGCACUUUUUGGAGAAUGGACAGUUUAAGAAGAGAGAAUCUUUUCUGCCAUUCUCAAUAGGAAAGAGAGCUUGCCUGGGGGAACAAUUGGCCAGGUCUGAACUGUUCAUCUUCUUCACUGCUCUUAUGCAAAAAUUCACGUUCAAACCCCCAGUCAAUGAAAAGCUGAGCCUGAAGUUCAGAAUGGGUCUCACCCUUAACCCAGUCAGUCACCACAUCUGUGCUGUCCCCAGACUGUGAUGCUGGAGAAGGAAAGAGAAAAGAAAAGAAGAAGGAAUGGCAUGCACUUCAAACCCAUUGAUGCCUACACAUACAGGUGGAGGGAGACGGGAUGAAGACAACUGAGGAAAGAUGGGAGGAAUUGGAAUAAGGAAAGUGAAUCAAAUUCCUAGACUUCUGGAUCCCCAAGUAGAUGUUGAUUAUGGGACUUAUGAGUUUAUAAAGGUUGCUAAAGGAAUAAUGACUGUGCCCACUUUUUAAUUAUAUGUAAAAUGAAAUUAUUUACUAAAAUGCUAUUUAAGUCAUAUCUCA